AUGUCACAUCAUAACUUGUUAACCAUGACUUUACCGUUGGAAUAUAUACCUGGUUGUGACAAAAUGAGUCGAAUGGUGCUCAAACACCAGGAUGUUGUCGAUCUUAUCACCAAGGAAUUACUAAAUUCCCCAAAUGGUACUUACACUCUGGCUGAUGGCGAUUGGAACAAUUUAAGAUGUGAUGUUCUCUAUAUGUCCAAACUACCUUUGUCAUUCCCACCAGUGCUGAUCGAAGUUCAAAAUACCAUCAAUAAUCUGUUCCUCCAACGUUUGGUUUCCUAUUCGUUGACCGUUGUCAAAACUUAUCACGCUCUCCCAGUGGUAUUGGUAUUAGGUGCCAAAAAAAUUUCUCCAGUUAGCCUGAUUUUGGAUUUUAACAAGCAAUCCGAGCAAAAGCCAUGGUUAUUGACGAUCCCUUCUUUGAUUUGGGCAAGAAGAUGCUUAAUAAUAUCCAAAGAAACCAUUCCCGACAGUAUUUAUUACACAAAUCCCUUGAACCCCCUGCUUGGUCUGUCACUCUUCCUGUUGGAGCAACAGCCGUCUUUGCAUCGUCAUACUUAUUCUGAAGACCCGACUAUUAUCCUUCUUUAUCAAAUCGCGUUCGCGCAAUUAUACCCUCAGGAAACAUACCAACAAAAUUUUCAGUCGGCUGUGGAAACGAUAUGCUCAACGAACAAACGCUUAUUUGAAAGUAUUCUUGAUAAAGUUAACUCAAAGGAACCACUCAACAAGAUUCGACGAAUUUGUGAAAAAGGUAUACAUUACAAUGAUGAAGUAAAGGCCAGAAUCGUGGAUGAUUCAGCAUCCUCACAGUCUUCGGAUGAACUGGAUUUCCCUGAACCUUUACCCAUGGGACCACAAUCAAAGCGAACACAUACAAUGGUGGACGAAGACAUUUAAUUCGUUGAAUCAUUCAAAAAACAACAAAAUGGCCGUAUGAACUGGGAGUCUUGCUUAAAAGCGGGUCAUUGUCGCGAACUCCUUGUCGCAUACACUACUCCGGAAAGCUUACGAGUCACGUAUGCUAUGAUUUCAAAAAAAAAGACAACAAAUAAUUCUGUAUUCUUCUUUUAACAUGCUCAUAUUGAGUCAAAAUAAUCAAUACGUUCACUGUUCCUUGUACAUCUUC